GAUUUCACAUUCAUCUUAGGCUUCCAACCUUUAAGGUGUCAUCCACUCACAGGUUGUACUGCUUUUAGUAUUUUUGUGGGAUUUUGGCCUUAUUUUAUUUUUGGAACAAUGGCUAAAACAUUGAUUGUGACAUUCCUCCUUUGUAUUGCUGUGACCACUGUUGCGACAGAAGAAACAAUCCCUUCAAACACAACUAAAUCUCCAACACCUACACCAACCACGGAAGUUACAACUACAACAACAACCCCUCCAACACCUACACCAACCACGGAAGUUACAAAUGCAACAACAACUCCUCCAACAUCUACACCAACCACGGAAGUUACAACUACAACAACAACCCCUCCAACACCUACACCAACCACGGAAGUUACAAAUGCAACAACAACCCCUCCAACAUCUACAUCAACCACGGAAGUUACAACUACAACAACAACCCUUGUAACACCUACGCCAACUUCAACAGGAACUCCACCAACAGGAACUCCACCAACAGAGGGUUCGAGUGUUUCACCCAACACAGGAUCUUCACAAACGAAUGCUCCCUCCACAGCACCAGUACCUACAACUCCAAAACCUCCAAGUGCUUGUGCUUCAAAUCCAUGUCGUGAUGGAAGCACCUGUGAAGAACGUUUCAACCAGAAUUUCACUUGCUUGUGUUUGCCUGGUGAUGUUUAUGUCAGUUCAUUCUGUCAAAGAACCAAGGUUUUCCCUGGACUGCUAGUCUUGAAUAGAGCAUAUGAUGACAAAAUGGCCGACAAAACAUCAGAAAUAUUUAGUGAGACUGCUAAAAAUAUUACUGAUGAGAUUGACACAAAGUUCCGUGAUAAAGAAAAUGGAUUCCGUCAAUCUUUAGUGCUGGAGCUCAGGGAAAACAAACCUAAUGCAAGGUCAGAGACAAGGUCAGGAAACAUUGAAGCAUCAAUAGAAAUCGUAUAUGAACCAACUGCUGAAAUCACACAAGACACUGUAAAAGAAACAAUGGGAGAAAUCACCUGCACAGGAUGUGCACUGGAAGGAAGCUUUACAGAAAAAAGCCUUUGUGAUUCCAAUUCAUGUGACACUUUAUCUACAAAGUGCAGUUCUACAGGCGGCAGUUUCACAUGCAGCUGUGACGAUGGCUUUAUUAAAACAAAUUACAGUGACAGAUUAUGCAUGGCUGCAUGUCCCGUUGGUCAGAUAUAUGUGAACAACGAAUGCAAAGACUGUGACUUUGGUUAUACUGGUUCCAACUGCAAGGACAAUAGGUUGUUGAUCGUCGUGAUCGUUUGCUCGAUCCUCGGAGCUCUGGUGAUCGCUGCGUUGAUCGCUUUGCCAUUGGUGGUAACAAAAUCCAAGAAGAAAAGCUCCAAGACAAAAGAGGAAGACAUUGGGAUACCCUAUCAAAGUCAUUCUAUUGCCAAGGCCCCACUAUCCUCCAGCAAUGGCAACAGCAAAGACUUUUCCGCGUCAGUUAAAGAGCCAACAAACAGCCUGGCAAAUUCUGGGGCCCCUCGAAUCCCACGGGCCACAGCCAACAGCAACUGGGACAGCAGGACCAACCUGGAGAUGACUCCGAGCAACAGUCGGCAAAACUUGAUUCCUUCAGGGAUGAACUCGCGAUUCAACGACAACCAAGAUGACAUGUACUCGUUCUCCCAGAAUCGACCCAAAAACCACCCUUACGAGGAGAUCCAACCCAAGAGCAACCCUUAUUCCCAGAACCGAGCCUCAAACCCUUACGCUCAGACCCGAGGCCAGACAAACCCUUACUUUAAUUAAGGAGACGGAAGCUGAAUCACUUCAGGGGUUCCUAUUAUGGUGUUUUUUCCCAAGUGACUGCAAUUCAUUGGAACCCACUGAUGUACAAGAUGUAAUCAGAAGCAUAUCAGCUAAGAUGUGCAAUGUAAUGUAGUAGAUAUUAUUGUAUCGUGUUCCUUUACUACUUUUAGCUGUUAUUGUGUGACUUCUAUCCUAUAAGCUGUUAUAAACCAAUCUGUCUUUCAUUGUUUAAAUCUUUUCAAUUCUUGUAUUCUGAGUCACCCGUAGUUCUGUAUGCUGAUUGAACAUGAGUCCAUAAUUUAUACCAUGUUUAAUUUUCUUUGUGUUCAUCUAUGAAUUUACUGCAGUUGUUUUUUUGCUCAGCAUUUUAAUUUGAGUCUCAAUUUUAUGUUGAACUAAGUUUUGGUAAAUGAGAUGAGCUGAAAAUUGAUCCAAAUUAGAGAAUGUGAAGAUGUUCAUCAUCUUUCAAUACAGUGUAUUUUCUAUAGCGGUAAAAUCAUUUAUAAUAUAAUUCCAAUAGUUUACAGUAUUUAGCAAUGCUUGUAUCAUUUUUCUUUUUGUAUUUCCUCAUGUGAUAUUGUAUUUAACUGAAAAGCUGUAAAUCAGAGAUGAUCUGUAUUUCAAAUUUACACUAACAUUUUUAUAUGGGUUAAUAAUAAAAAUUGGAUUGCUGAUUUUCAAGUUUCAAACGUUUUAUAAAAAGGAUCUUGCUAUUUAUCAUGGACACAUAAACAUAAUUUUAAUGUUUCUACCUCUGAUUCAAAUUAGAGAAUUUUAGGUCAAAAUUCUCUAAUCAUAUUGAAUAAAAAAAUACAUUCAUAA